AGGACUUCGACCCCGCCAGUCUGGCAGGUCUGGUGUGGGGCCUGGGCUCCCUAGCGGGGGAGCUGCAGCACCCGCACCCGCCCACCUCGCCACCGCCACCACCACCGCCCUCCCCUGCAACACCAGCGGCAGCCGCAGCGACCACACCAGCCGCAGCGACCACACCAGCCGCAGCGACCACACCAGCCGCAGCAGCACCUGCUGGCACCGGCGCUGCUGCCUGCCCUGCAGGGUCCCAAGCGGUGCCGGGCGGCGAGUGGGCCUCCCGCGCCGACCUGCUGCCCCGCCUCAUGUGGCGGGCGGGGCAGCGGGUGGCGGCGCAGCUGAGGGAGCAGCAGCAGCGGCAGGGGCCACAGGGACAGCAGGGCGGGCCAGCUGAGGUCCCGGCGCUGCCUACCUCCCAGUUAUGGCGGCCUCGGGAGCUGCUGAGUGUGGCACUGGGGCUAGCGGCGGCCAGGGAGACGUGCGCAGCGCCGCCGGAGCUGCUGCAGGCGCUCUGCUCCCACCUGCUGUCCCAGCCCGACGCCUACUGCUCCCGAGGGCACACCCCGGACGACCUGGCCCGCCUGCUGCUGGCACUGGUGCGCUGCGCGGAGGGGGGCACCGCACAGGUGGCUGCGGCGGCAGCAGGCGGUGGGGGACCGGCAGCAGCAGCGGGUGCCGCAACGGACCCACGGGUCGCUCGCGCCGUGGAGCGGGCGCUGCAGGGGCUGGCGCGGCUGGUGCUACGCUGCCUGCCCCACACCCAGCCCGAGGGACUCACCGCCCUGGCUGUAGCCUACGCCAACACCGCCACCUCCGCUGCUACCACUGCCUCCGCCUCCGCUGCCCCAGCCACCACCAGCAGCUCCGCCCCCUCCCCGUCCUCCUCGCUGCCCCUAGGCCCCUCCGGCCCCUCGUUGCCGCCCAUGCGAGCUGCCGUACUGCGAGCCGUACUGCGCACCGCCAUUCGCCGCAUCGCCGCACUGCCGCUACCGGCACCUCCUCCUCCUGAUACCGGGCUAGGUACGGCAGGCGGCUCCGACAGCCUCCGCAGCGGCCCCGGCGGUGCUCCGGGGCUCGCCGCUGCUGGGUCUCCCUCCUCUGCUCCUGCUGGCGCCUCUGCCUCCUCCUCUGCCACCUCCCUCUCCACCUCCC